AUGUUUGAAUUUGCGUGGUAUUGUAAUCAUGUUCUCAUAGCUGAAAAAGUAGAAUACAGAUGUAUUGAGUUUAGCUCGGACUUAACAAAUAUAAGGAGUAUUAUCCAGCAAAACCACACAAUAUCGUCGUGCAAGAAUUACAAAUUAUGUUCGAAAUGGGUCUAUGAUAAACCAGAUAGUUUGGUAGCCGAGUUUCAGCUGGCAUGCCAAGAAUGGAAGAGAACUCUUAUCGGAAGUGCGCACACCUUCGGAUAUAUGUUUGGGAUACUCAUCGUCGGGCUCUUAUCUGACAGAUUUGGAAGAAAAACUCUGGUUAUAAUAACAGGAAUAACAGGCGGGGCGCUGGGAUGCCUGAAGAGUUUUGCCACCUCAUAUUGGCUUUAUGUUGGACUGGAGUUCUUGGAAGCGGCAAUAGGCGAUCCACUCUCACCAAUUUACACGCUAGGACUACUUGCAAUAUUCUUCAUCUACUUUCUGGACGAAAGCCCCAGAUGGCUACUAGCCAAUGGGAAGAAGAUGGAAGCAUUAAAGAUAAUAAGAAAUGCAGCAAAGCUAAAUAACAUGGAAAUAGCACAAAAUUUGAACACAAUUUGGUUUGAACAAGAUAAAGGGCCGAGCUUUGCUACCAUAACCAAUUACAUGGCAGGUCUGUUAUUGUCAUGCAUAACCCUCUGCAUCAUCUACUUAUCCACGUCUGAACUAUUUCCAACUCAGUCAAGAAACUCCAUGCAUGCACUCUGCUCGGGGGUUGGAAGAGUUAGUGCUGUAUUAGCACCACAAACUCCACUACUGAUGCCGUACUGGGCCGGUCUGCCAACACUGACGUUUGGUGUGGUGGCCCUGACCGGAGGGCUCGUGACGCUGCUAGUGCCCGACACGGCGGACCAAUGUCUGCCGGACACGGUCUGCGAGGCCGAGGAAAUGGAAAUUAUAGCCAGAGAACGUCGCUUAGGACAUUGUUCAAACUAA